AUGCGCACCUGCUGCCCAUCACCCGGAGCUGACUUACAGGAGCGGGUGUGGCAUCUAAAGAAAGCUAUAAGGAUCCUUGGAGAUCACCUGGGCCAAUAUCCCAACCUCCAGACUCAGAGUUCAGACCAGGACAAACUGGCUAAGGAGGAGCAUAAUAGUUCCUUGAACCUUAAUAAAAUCAACACCCAAUGGAGAACAGUCCUGAGGGAAGUCAAGGCCAGAGAGCUAAGGAAAGACAUCGAGAUUCUUAGCCAAACAUUUGAAAGGGUGGUGGAUUGCAAAAAUAGCGUGAUCAAAUCUUUAGCUAAGGACCUGACAGAGGCUGAAGAGCAGUAUGUACAUGCUCUCCAGGGUCACCUGCACAACGUAGAUGAACUCCUGGCACUCCAAAGAAGCCGCCUUACCUACCUGGAGGAGUGCUAUAAUGAAGAACUCGAUAUUCUCACCAAGGAAUUUGAGACUGAGAGGAAGAUGAUUAUUGAACAACAUGAGACAGAAAUGCGCUACCUUGAGGAUGUUUUCCUGGCCAUGGAUCAGAACUUCUCAGAAACUGAAUAUGAAGCUAAGCUUGAGUUUCAAAGCAUGUGGGAUGACCUCAAAAAUAAGAACCUGGAAGAGAAGCACUUUCUGCGAAUGCAAUUAGAAAGCACAGUAGAAGAUCUGUGGAGAAGGUUCCAGGAGGCACUCAAGAAUUAUACUGAUGCCACAGAAGACAGGAAGCUUGCCUUUGAGACCUUGAAGUUAAGGGAUGAGAAGAGCUCCAAAGAGAUAGAGACACAAAUGAAAAAAAUACAGAAAAUACAGGACUCCAUUGCUAUCCUGCGGGGUAAACUCAUGUUGCACACCCGUGAGAAUGAGGAACAGAACCGACAUAUCCGUGAAGACAAAGACCUGGUCCAUAUGCAACUUCAAAAACUCAAACAGCAAAUGAAUCACGCCCGGGGAGUGGCUCGGCGCAGCCUGGCCAAGCUGACCUGGGAGAGUAACAUCACCCUUAAAUGCCUGAAGAAAACUGUUGAGAAGGGAGAGUGCAUUCUCAAACUCGCUGAAAUAUGUAGGAAAUUUGAGACAGAGGAGGAAAAAGUCUUGCCCUUCUAUGCCUCCAUGUUGACAGAGGAGGAAAUGCAAGAAGUGGAGUUAAAUGCUCAUGAGGAGCCCACAAUAGAACUUGCUAAGUUGAUGGAGAACUACACAAACUUGGAGAAUUUCUGGAAAAGAUAUAACAAGGUGAAGCUAGAGCAACUAAGUCUAGAGCGAAGACGGGCCCAACUGCUGGAAACCAACGAGAAGCUUAGGCAGAUGCUCAAGCAGUACCUAGAUAGUAUCUCAGUGAGCGAUGAAGUGCUGAGCCAGCUCAACCCACUCUUUAUCGUCAACAACCGUAGCAACAUCCCACCAACCCCAAAAGAGAACAUACCACAGAAUCAAGUCUAUAACGUCAUUGAAGGAGUCCAUGUCCACCUACUGCAAGAACCUCCUCCUCCACUAUGUGCUCAGGCUCUCCCUAAACCCAAAAUCCUUCCCCUCCCUCGAUAUUAAAGGUUUCUAUGAAGAUCCUGGGCAUGCCAUAGCUUUUGGUUUCUUUUGAAGACAUUGGUUAGGGUCACACUCAAAUGCGAUCACUUUAAAGGGGGUCCUCCUUUACCAAGACUUUGUUACUCCAAUAUGUAGAGUGAAGGUAGGUGGACACUAAGAAGUCCCCUUCUAGUAGAACCCUGCCCUCGGUCCUCAACCCUGUCCCCAAGCAAUGUAAGUAGGAUCACUAGGUAACCUGUUUCUUUUAGUUCCAAUUUUUUAGUGGGAAAAACCAUGUUUGAGCUUGGGAUGGAAAAUGAGAAGAAAAAGAGUAGGUCACGGGGAAGGAGUUCUCACAUUCUUCCUCCUACCCAAGGCCUAAUUCUGAAUGACUGCCCACUCUCAUCCCACUUACAAAAGCAGCCCAGAAAGAAAAAGUGAA